UCUCCCUCAGCUUGGUAUGCCCCGAAUCGUAGAGUUUACUUUUGCCCCUGUGUCGACCGGGAUAGCAACGAUAUGAACGCUUCGGGACCUGUACUGCCGGCCGUGCUUGCAAACACACAAACCCCGCAUCAACCUUUUUUGCUCUUGCAAGACACAUCGACAUGCUCCGGAAUACCCGUCUUGAGGCAGCUCAUCGCGAGAAGCAGGGACAGCGGGUCACCGAUCAUCCUUGUUUCAGCAAUGCAUAGACCGGAAUUUCUGGGCAUCGACGAUGUAGCUGGAAAAUCAACCAUUAAAGUGCUCGAUCUGACCAACACCAUCCCCGGGUUUCCAUCGAGCUCCCAGACCAAGGCUGUCAGUACGAUAGAUGACAUCAUAUCCUGGAUUCUUGCGUCAUGCAAAGAGCUCGGGCGGAGUGUCCAGGUUUACAUCGAUGACAUCGAUACUCUGGCGGAAGAUUAUGGCUCUGUCUCUGCGAUCGCGAAAAUGGUCAAAGACGUGGUCAAGACUUUGGCGGGCCUUAAAGCUCCUAGCCGCCUAGUCCUCCUAUCCUCAACGUCUGGCUCCUCGCUACCCAAUCUGAUCAGCCCUACCGUUUCUUCCACUCUGACAUCUAUCAUCGUUCAUCCUCCCGAGACUAUCUCUUCCUUGCACUCGGCAUAUCUAUUCCCACCGCCUGUCUCUGGCGACCUUUCCGAAGCUGGAACGACCGGAGGUUCCCGGUUCAGAGGGAUCUUGGAGAACGCUACCAAGCGGAACGAAUCUCUGCGGUUGACGUUGACCGGAGAACUCGGAGCUUCCGUGGGCGAUUGGGUUGGGGAAGAUUCCAUCACAAGUCCUGCAAACUACAGUGGUCAAAGUGCGGGCUCGACAGCUGGAGAAGCCUCCUCGUCGGCGACUACAAGCGGAGUAGUCGUCGAAAUCCUGGUCCGUAAGGCCGCUGGGGGCGCGUCCAAGGGCAUGGUCAGGAGACUGGAAGGUCUACGACCUAGCACCAAAGGCAAGGGAAAAUCGCGUGUCUCAGAAUGCGACCUGGAAGCAUGCCGCUGGCAGGAUAUCAAGGGUUUGGAGUCGCUCGCAUCGGGUUAUCAGGCGGUCCGAACUCCAAAUGAAGAAGCAGAGGGCGACAAUAAGAAGAAAGAUGAGGGAAAGGCACAUGUAGAUUCGACCUUCAACCUAGGCUUGACGGACGCGCAACGAGCAUCGAGGGCCGAAGUGCCGAUACCUUAUGCACACGAAGGUGAUGACACUCCCGAGAGCAAGCGGUACGACACCACACAUACCGGGGCGGGUAUCAUCUUUGAACCAGGGUCAGACGAUGAUAUGGACGACGACGAUCCCGACGACGAUUUAGAUUUCUGAGAAAAGGUUGUACCACCGCUUUGGCCGCCGUUGCAUGGCUGUCGUUGUGUGAGCAUUUGAGCGGUAUCAUUUGCUUACGUAAUAGGUGUCCCGGAGACAAAUUUCUUUGAUUUUGUCCGAGAUCCAAGCUACAAGCUAGCAGCUAGCAGCUAGCAAUUGCAUUAGCAUGAAUUGUGAGACACGAGACACCGGACC